ACUGACCACAGUUAAAAAUAUUCAGAUUCAUCCUCGGAAGAUCCUCCGUCGGGAGUUCAUAUAAAUUCAUUGAGAUCGUAGAGAAUGUCAGGAAGAGGAAAGGGAGGCAAGGGUUUGGGGAAGGGCGGAGCUAAGCGCCACAGGAAGGUGCUGAGGGAUAACAUCCAGGGUAUCACCAAGCCGGCGAUUCGGCGUUUGGCCCGUCGUGGCGGUGUUAAGCGCAUCAGCGGUUUAAUCUACGAGGAGACUCGCGGUGUUUUGAAGAUUUUCCUGGAGAAUGUCAUUCGUGACGCCGUCACCUACACUGAGCAUGCUCGGCGGAAGACGGUGACCGCCAUGGACGUGGUUUAUGCCCUCAAGAGGCAGGGACGCACCCUUUAUGGUUUCGGAGGCUAGGAUUUUCUAGGGUUACGAUUGGAUAUGGUGAUAUUUGUGUAGAUUUAGUCAGUUUGGGUAUUAUUAUUAGGAGUUCACUUAGAGGAUUGAAGAGAUCUUGUAUUCCAUUGUCGUUUAUUACUUGAAUGAGAUGAAUUGCUGUUGUGAUUCUCACA